AUGGCACAAAACAUUGACGGCAUUAACAGCGGUGGUGUUGUGCUCGGUAGCGAGGGAAGGCCUUCGGAGACAAGCGGCGGAAUGGAGGGAAAUACGGGCCUAAAGAAAGGUCCGUGGACGGCGACGGAGGAUCAAAUUUUGAUGGACUACGUGAGGAAACAUGGCGAGGGAAACUGGAAUUCAGUGCAGCGGAAUUCCGGUCUCAACCGUUGUGGAAAGAGUUGCAGGCUCCGAUGGGCCAAUCAUCUCCGCCCUAAUUUGAAGAAAGGUGCUUUCACACCAGAGGAAGAGAGGCUCAUUCUAGAGCUGCAUGCCAAAUACGGCAAUAAGUGGGCGCGCAUGGCGUCUCAGCUACCCGGACGAACAGAUAAUGAAAUAAAGAAUUACUGGAACACAAGGGUGAAGAGGCGACAACGUCAAGGGCUCCCUCUAUACCCUCAUGACAUUAAACAAUCCCAAUCACAACCAAUGUCCUCUCUAUCUAUUCCCACGAGCACUGGCUCACCGCCCAUAGGCCAAACUUAUUCCUUCCAGUUUCAAAACUCAUCGUCAUCAUCGCAUGCUCAUCAACCCCCUCCCAUGGCCACCCCUACUCAUCUCCAUCACUCUACCCCAUCCUCUCCCAAAUCCACCAUUAAUCAUUCCCUUCCUUCAUUUGAUCACUCCACCGACCCUUCCUUCACGUUUGACCGCCCUACUCCCAUCCUUGGAGCCCCAUUGCGGUACAAAAGGUACCGCAACAUCCAUGGAAUCUCUCCUCCCGUUUCCCCAACCCCACAAAGAAGCAGCUCUAUAUUACGGACCAGCUCCAUGCCCGACAUAACGUACAAUCAGCACUUUGCACCUGGAAACAUGUCCAUGCCGGACAUGGCCUCAUUUCAGUUUUAUCCACCACGGAAUUUCAGUGGGCAGUUGCCACCAUUGCCGCAGUCCACCAGCACCGAGUUUGAAUUUGGGGACGGUACCAGGUCACUCUAUUCGGUGAAGUCAUCAGAGCUUUCUUCAAGCCAAACUUUGUCACCGUGCGAUCAGAUCACCAGUGAUAACAAGCUAAAUAUGGUGGCUGCAGCUAAUGAGACUCAUCGCUGUAAUGUGUUGGAAGAGUUGCUACAAGAAGCUGAGGCAUUGGCUGCUGUUGCAACUCCAAGGAAUUCGAAAGCAGCAUUUGGUCUAUUGGGUUCAUUUGAAAACAAGAAUGUUUUGGAUGAUUAUGGCCGUUUGCUGCAGGCUACAAGUUCCACAAAUACCUCUUUCUCAGAUAUGAAGCAAAUCCAGGAUAUCGAUCAUCACGACCACAUGAAUUAUUCCUUGCCUGAAGACUUGUCGAAGCUGUUCAGUUUUAUUCCUUCAACCGAGCCGGUCUCCGAUUGGUACAGUACUGAUAGUGGGGAACUCUCCAACGGAGGCCAGUCUUCUGGAGUAACCGAGGCUAGUUUUGAAUUUGACAUGCAGCAACAUAUGGCUUCGUUGAUCCCUACUAUUGUUGCCUCAUCAACAGACCAUGACAGCGUUCCGAACAGUUGGGACAACUUGCCUGGAAUGUGCUGA